UGCCCCACUCAUCUGCGCGCCUCCACUGCAGGCGCCGUGACCCGGGAGCCUGUCCCACGUCCUCACACACGCGCCCAGGUGUCAGGACCGGACCCCAGGCAGGCCCGGCAGGGAGGGGAGGGCUGGAGGUCAGGGCGGUGAUGACAGGGCAGCCGUGACUCCCUCGUCCAGGGCCUGUCCUGUGGCCAUGUGGCCUGGCGUGGCCACAUCUCCCGUUUGUUCUGUGAAAGUGACAUAUCCAGACGCUCGUUCACAGUCUCUUGUUUUGCACGUGCUAGUAACUCUUUUCAGAAUCUUGAGUGUCCAUUGAAAGCCUUUCUCUGUCCCAGCCGGCCCUGGGGCCGUGGCCACAUGUGGGCCCCUGGCUGUGGCUCCGUCACCCCUGACACUUGCUCUGUGCCUGGCGUUCAUCUGGGGCCCACGGAAAAGGGGCUGGACCAACAGUGGUCACUGUUGCUGCUGCUGGGGCCGUGGGGCUGUACGUGCUCUCCUGGGACGUCCCCUGUCCUCUGCCGCCCUCGCCCGCAUCUCUCCUCCCCCUUCCUCCAGCUGUCCCAAGCUCGCCCGUCCCCAGCAUGGAGGCCGGCCAGUGGAAGAGUGGCUGCAGCCUGGAAUUUGGAGUUUGACCUGCAAGAAAGUUCUAUCAGCAGGCAGUGGAGGAGGCAGGGCCACCACUGUCCUCCCCGGCUCGGGCCGCAAGGGACAGGAGCCCGAGGGUCUCCUUCCUCAGCCGUCUGUGUCUCUCCUGCCUCAAAAGCACAGCAGGCUCCAGGACAGGUGGCUCUGCAUCCAGAAGAAGGCCCGAGUCGCUCAGCACCAUGGACAGCGGCCCCAGCAGCCCUCCGCCCUCGCUCUCCGACCCCCUGGACGCAUUUCCCCAGAGAAGCCUGGAGGCAGGUGACAUCACGGUGCUGGCUCUCUACUUCCUCUUUGUCCUGGCCGUGGGACUCUGGUCCACGGUGAAGACCAAGCGGGACACAGUGAAAGGCUACUUCCUGGCAGGAGGGGACAUGAUGUGGUGGCCGGUGGGCGCGUCCUUGUUUGCCAGCAACAUUGGAAGCGGACAUUUCGUUGGCCUGGCAGGGUCGGGCGCUGCCGCAGGCAUUUCUGUAGCUGCUUACGAGUUUAUAGGUUUGUUUUCCGUGCUGAUCCUGGCCUGGAUCUUCCUCCCAAUUUACAUUGCGGGGCAGGUCACCACGAUGCCGGAAUAUCUCAGGAAACGCUUUGGCGGCAACAGAAUCCCCACCAUCCUGGCUGUGCUCUACCUGUUUAUCUACAUCUUCACCAAGAUCUCGGUGGACAUGUAUGCAGGCGCCAUCUUCAUUCAGCAGUCUUUGCACCUGGAUCUGUACCUGGCCACCACGGGGCUGCUGGCCAUCACAGCUCUGUACACUAUUACAGGUGGCCUGGCUGCGGUGAUCUACACGGAUGCCCUCCAGACUGUGAUCAUGCUUGUGGGAGCACUGACCCUGAUGGGCUACAGUUUUGCUGCCGUGGGCGGGUUGGAAGGCCUGACGGAGAAGUACUUCACGGCGCUGGCCUCCAACCGGAGUGAAAACAGCAGCUGCGGGCUGCCCCGCGAAGACGCCUUCCACAUCUUCCGAGACCCACUGACCUCCGACCUCCCGUGGCCGGGCAUCCUGUUCGGAAUGUCCAUGCCGUCCCUCUGGUACUGGUGCACCGACCAGGUGAUUGUGCAGCGGAGUCUGGCGGCCAAGAACCUGUCGCAUGCCAAAGGAGGCUCCCUGAUGGCCGCGUACCUGAAAGUGCUGCCCCUCUUCAUGAUGGUUUUCCCUGGGAUGGUCAGCCGCGUCCUCUUCCCAGAUCAAGUGGCCUGUGCAGACCCGGACAUCUGCCAGAAGGUCUGUGGCAACCCAUCCGGCUGUUCCGACAUUGCGUACCCCAAACUGGUGCUGGAAAUCCUGCCCACGGGGCUGCGUGGCCUCAUGAUCGCCGUGAUGGUGGCGGCACUCAUGUCCUCCCUCACCUCCAUCUUUAACAGCGCGAGCACCAUCUUUACCAUGGACCUGUGGAACCGCGUCCGGCCCCGGGCCUCUGAGCAGGAGCUCAUGAUCGUGGGCAGGGUGUUCGUGCUGCUGCUGGUGCUGGGCUCCAUCCUCUGGAUUCCCGUGAUCCAGGCCAGCCAGGGCGGCCAGCUCUUCAUCUACAUCCAGUCCAUCAGCUCCUACCUGCAGCCGCCGGUGGCCGUGGUCUUCAUCCUGGGAUGCUUCUGGAAGCGGGCCAACGAAAAGGGCGCCUUCUGGGGUCUGAUCUGGGGCCUUCUCCUAGGCUUGAUCCGGCUACUCCUGGACUUCAUUUACCCACAGCCGCGCUGUGACCAGCGAGACGAGCGCCCCGCCGUGGUCAAGGACGUGCACUACCUCUACUUCUCCAUGGUUCUGUCCGCCGUCACCCUGCUCGUCAUGUCCGCCGUGAGCUGGGCCACACAGCCGCCCUCCAAGGAGAUGGUCAGCCGCCUGACCUGGUUCACUCGUCAUGACGCUGUGAUCCACAAGGCACAGGGGCCACCAGCAAGCGCCCUGCCUCCUGUGCUCUCUCAGUGUGGGACGGCCGAGGCCAGUGGCUCCAGCAUCCAGCUGGACAUCGUUCCCGAAGACAAGUCCAAGAUGCACAGUGGGGAUGUGACCCCAAAGAAGUCCAGGGCACUGAGAGCCUUCCUGUGGCUCUGUGGAAUGGGGGGCCAGGGCCAGGCGCAGCCCCCGAGCACAGCGGGACCCAUCAUCGCCUCCUUGGAGGAAAAGCCCUGGGUGAAGACCCUCCUGGACAUCAGCCUCGUCGCCUGUGUCAGCUGUGGUGUCUUCCUCUGGGGCUAUUUUGCUUAGCGCGCGGUCAGCUCAGGGGUCCACGCUCUUGGGGGCUCGCCGUGCCCCUGUUUUUUAAUGAAGGGAAAAAAAUUAAAGCUUUGUUUGUUUAC